AUGGGUAUAUCGCGUGAUAACUGGCAUAAACGCCGUGCUACUGGUGGCAAACGAUGUCCACCUCAUAAGAAGAGGAAGUUUGAAUUAGGACGCCCUGCAUCAAAUACAAAAAUUGGUGCUAAAAGAAUACAUUUAGUUCGUUGUCGUGGUGGCAACAUCAAGCAUCGUGCUCUGAGACUUGAUGUCGGUACAUUUUCAUGGGGAUCGGAAGGCUGUACGCGUAAAACGCGUAUUGUUGAUACAGUGUACAAUGCAUCAAAUAAUGAAUUAGUACGUACUAAAACAUUAGUGAAAAAUUCAAUAAUAACUGUUGAUGCUGUACCAUUUCGACAAUGGUAUGAAGCACAUUAUGCUCUUCCACUGGCACGUAAAAAGGGUGCCAAACUUACGGAUGAAGAGGAAGCACGCAUUAAUAAGAAGCGUUCUAAGAAAACACAAACAAAAUAUACUAAGCGGCAGAAGCGUGCAGAAGUUGAACCGCAUCUAAUCGAACAGUUUCAAAGUGGUCGUUUACUUGCGUGCAUUAGUUCUCGCCCUGGUCAAGUUGGUCGUGCUGAUGGUUACAUUUUGGAGGGAAAAGAACUUGAGUUCUAUCUGCGAAAAAUUCGAGCUAAGAAGGCGAAGUAG